GAUGUAAUUACACGCAUGCGUGAAAUCCACAAUACACAAGUUUUUAGUCAGCUAUUAUUUUUGUUUCGCAGAUUUAUAGUGUUCAUAACAAAUUAAAUUCUUAUUAUUAUUAAUAUAAAAUGGCAAGUGACAAUCAGUCAUCAUCUGAAGAAGAAGAAGAAAUAGCUGCGGAGCCUCGUAGGCCUAUUGUAAAUUUUGGACAAAUUGUAGCAUUUGGCGACGAUGAGCCAAGGCCCGUCGCUGGUGCUUUCGCUGGUGCUGUCAACAAUGAUGCUAGGCUUGCUGAACUUGUUCGCCUUGGUUUACCAGGCAAUAUAAACGUGCGGCAAGGACGGGAAUGGUGUACUUGUGGAAACUGCAUCGUGGAAGAGAUGUGGGAAAAUCGUUCCUGUUGCCAAGAAAUUGAAAAGGUUAUGCAAAAAAACAGGGAAGAACCGUAUCACAAUGGGUGCAUUACCACACAUCCUUGGUUUGAACCAGCCAUUUUAAAUCCUGCAACACUACAAAUUGCAUAUUGGCAGUAUGUUUCGCAAUACCAGGAGCCUGUGGCCGAAGGGGGAGCCGAAAGGCGUUACAGGUAUACAGCCUAUCGGCAAUUUGUACGUUGGUGCUGGGGUUAUCUUGGCAAAGACAGGCGGGUGCCGAUCAUGUCAUGUGUAAUGAAGUCUGUACGCGAGGCAUUUCCUGACCCCAGUGCCAACUACACAGGGUUUAAAUAUCCUCCCCUAGAUAGGUGAAUUUUAGCUUCUCCUUCGACCAGAGGCUCCUCAUAC